CCCCCUUGCAUAAGAGUCACUAUGCAGCUUACAGCCGAAUUAAGCAAAUGAUUUCCUUGGGCAUGCUAAAACUUUGUAUUUAGCCGUAGAUUCUCCUGUUUAAACACCAUGUCAACCGAACAAAAGGAUGCUGGCACCGCUGUGCCGCGGAGUGCCAAGUCUCUGCAUCCUCUCCUGAUGGCCCCGGGACACUGAUCUACUUCUGCCUGGGCGAAGAGCUGGGUGCCUGAAGUGGGACGGGCAAAGAGGGGAAGCUCUGGCCCCGUCCCGUCCUCCACUUUUAAUGAGCUCUCCGAUCAUGCAGGAGUAAAAGUCCAGGUGGAACAGUUCAGCGCUCGCUCACACGCCUGCUGGUCCUAAUUUGCUUUUUCAAUGAACGCGUAAAAGGAAAAGUGCGCAGGGAAUUACUUUACGCCUUCAGGAUUAUUUUAUCUUCCCAGGUUGGGAGGUUAGAAGAGGACAUCUGGUAGACCUGCUGAACCGGCACACCACCCAUCAUGAUCAGAGCAUCCCUCACUGCCAUCUGCCUGGCGCUCCUGCUGUCCUGUGCUUGCUGGGCCAAGCCUAAAGGAUCAAAGAACAAGAAGCCAAAGCAAGUUGUUCCAGACAUAGAGUGCGAUGUCAGAGCGGGAAAGAUCAAUCUCCCAGAGUUCAUAGCCAAAUGUCCUGCUCACUGUAAGGAGACAAAGCAGCAAGUCUAUGGGACCGGCGUGUUCGCCUCCAUCUCCAGCAUCUGCAAUGCAGCCAUCCACAGUGGCGUCAUCACUAACACAGGAGGGAAGGUGAUAGUGAGGAAGAUGGCCGGGCAGAACCUCUACAAAGGCAGCAACUCCAAUGGGGUUCGCUCUCUGUCUCUACCUAAGUGGAGGGAGUCGUUCGUGGUCUCAGUGGGGAAACCCAAGAAAGGAGUGAUCUACCCAUCUACUCUGGACUACGUGCCCUCAAGACCGACCUACGUGAAAACAAGUCAAAAGGAGGCCAAAUCGCCUGCGGUCACCACAGUGCUUCCUACAACAACAACACCUGAACCCACCACAACUACAACACCUGAACCCACCACCACCACCACUCUGCCUCCCACCACCACCACAACUGUGCCUCCACCACCACCCACUACUUCCAAGCCUCGGGCUGCUGUCCAUAAAGUCAGGGAUGCAGGCAGCAGUCACCCAUACCUUGCCUCUGUGGCAACCGCAGGUUCAAGACAGUCACAGAAUGCUCAAGGAAAGAUUCCCAGCCAAGUAUUCAGAGGAGCUGCCUAUCCCAAUAGAUUCCCACAACGUACCAGUGCAGGUCUGCGCAGACCAGACGCAGGUUCAGCUAUCAGGAGACAACCCUCCUCUCCAGUUGGCCCAGCUUUUAACAGGGUUCAGCCGGCUCCACCCGAGCGGACUCCAACCAUGAGCCAGUCAAACCCCGUUUCUCCCAGAAGGGAUUGGGCACCUCCCUCCUUUCCUCGUCCUGAUUGGUUCCCUGCAGCUCGACGACCAGCAGAUGUUAGUUAUGCAGCUCCAGACUCAGGAUACACAUGGAGUGAGACGGAUACACCUGAGAUUACAGCUCGAGAUCACAGGCCUGAUAUCUCAGAAUAUGAACGCUGGUUUUAUAACUUUGGACCGUACCUGCCUCGCACCCCAGAAUCAGAUGGCAACCGUAGAGUGCCAUUGGAUACAACCCAUACUAGAGUGGAGCCAGUGGAUGCCUGGAAGCCUGAUGCUAAUCCUUAUGAAUCAGGCUUUAACGUGAGGGAACAGGAACCUGUACCUAGAGCACCUGAGCCUGUGCCUGUGUCACAAGGAGAUCCAGGUUGUAAAGUGGACCUGGUCUUCCUGAUGGAUGGAAGCUGGAGUAUUGGGAAGAGGCGCUUUAAGAUCCAGAAGGACUUCCUGUCUGAGGUGGCUCAGACCAUCAACGUGGGUGUGGCCGGACCCAUGAUGGGCCUCAUCCAAUACGGGGAUGACCCUGUGACAGAGAUCAGUCUGAAGUCUUACUCCAACUCCAGAGAGGUGAAGUCUGCUAUAGAAAAGAUUGGGCAGAAGGGAGGCCUCUCCAAUGUAGGAAAGGCCCUCUCCUACAUCAACAAGCACUUCUUCAGUGAUGCCAACGGAAACCGUGGAGGGGCUCCUAACGUGGCUGUGGUGCUGGUGGAUGGCUGGCCCACAGACAAGGUGGAGGAGGCGUCUCGGCUCGCUCGGGAGUCUGGCAUCAACAUAUUUUUUGUCACCAUCGAGGGGGCGGAUGAUAAUGAGAAACAAAACCUGGUUGAGACCAACUUUGUUGACAAGGCUGUGUGUCGGACAAACGGCUUCUACUCCCUGCCUGUGUCCAGCUGGUUUGCUCUGAGGAAGGCCGUGCAGCCCCUGGUGAAGAGAGUGUGUGACACCGACCGCCUGCUGUGCAGUAAAACUUGCCUCAAUGCCAAUGAUAUUGCCUUUGUGAUCGACGGCUCCAGCAGCGUGGGAACCGGCAACUUCCGCACAGUGCUUCAGUUUGUGGCCAACAUCACACGGGAGUUUGAGAUCUCUGACACCGACACGCGGGUCGGGGCUGUGCAGUACACGUACGAGCAGAGGCUGGAGUUUGGCUUCGGCCAGUACAACAACAAGGCCGAGCUACUGAACGCCAUCAAACGCGUCGACUACUGGAGCGGCGGGACCAGCACCGGCGCUGCCAUCACCUUCGCCGCAGAUCAGCUUUUCAGCAAAUCCAAACCCAACAAACGCAAGAUCAUGAUUGUCAUUACAGAUGGGCGCUCCUACGAUGACGUCAGGGCGCCUUCACUGGCUGUCCAUAGCCAAGGUGUGAUUGCAUACUCCAUCGGCAUCGCCUGGGCAGCCCACGAUGAGCUGGAGUACAUCGCCACAGACCCCGACAAGGAGCACUCCUUCUUCGUGGACGAGUUCGACAACCUCUACAAAUUUGUUCCCAAGAUCAUCAACAACAUCUGCCAGGAGUUCAACUCCCAGCCUAGAAACUGAGGAUGCACGGGUGGAGGGGAGGAGGAGUACAGACAGACAUCUUGAUCCUGGGCCGUCUUCACGGAACACUGAUAGUAAAUGUACUCACUCUGGUGCCCAGAUGGCGGUGCUGGAUUGGCUGCAGCGCCCCCAUAUUUAAACAGGGAGGUGAUUCGAAAUUUAGGCGAGGAUUGUGGACAAAAUAAAUCUCAAAGUGAAAUACUAUCCGGUCCCAAAUAUACAGAUGGUGCUAAUGGUAAAGGGUUUACAUUAACAGCGACAUCUCAUGCACACUGUGGUACCAUUUGUUCUCUGUUGGUGUUGUAAAGAGACCAGAGUAUUCCUAUUCAUUUUAUCCACAAACUUAAAGAGUCAUCCUUUAUAAAUGGUUUAUAAGUUGUAGGGGUUUACCAAGAAUGGCACUUGAAGAUCGCCGACAAGGCCAUUCUAACAAGUUUCAUAAAUAUAGGGCAAGUCGUUUUUCCGUAAUCCUACUAACUGUGUUGCUAAGAUAAACUGAGCAACACACAAACAACCAAACCCUGACAGAGGUAGUAAAUCAUUGAAUGCUUUAUAGAUCAAUUAGAAGGCACUAAUCAGAAACAAUUUAGGGUUGUGAAAUGUCCCCUUACAGCCACUGGUGUUUAUCCUCCUCUGGCACGAUUAUGUAUAGUUCUUGUGUACACCUCUCUAAUGCAUAGUUACACCUCAGAUAUACGGUGGCCGACAGGUCCCAACGGCCCAAAACAUUUCCAUUAGAAGAAACACGCUGCAGUUUCAAAAAACGAUGCACUGUUACUGGAAACGUACUAAAAUGCAUCUUUUAUUGUCUUAUCUUAACAAUGUAAUUGCAUGAUUCCUUCCGAUAUUAUUGCAGAUCAGUUGCUAGCUAGCUAACUUAGCUAACCUAGUCAUUUCAAUAAUAGUGGCAAAACACUUACAAUUAUGAAACAGACUAACUUUGCCAACAGUGACAGUCGGCCAACUUUAUAAUCCCCGAGCAUCAACAAGCGUCACACGCUGUAUGCUUCACUUUUUAGUGUCCCUGUUUCCGUUGUGUUUUGCAUCGUUUUGCAUUUGCAACAUUUUGUUAAAGGUCACCUAUUAUGCGAAAUCCACUUGUUCAUGUCUUUUAUACAUACUCUGUAUAAAGAGAUUCUGAAAGUUUCAGGAAAAAAGAUUUGCUCACUUUUUGUUCUGAUCCAUUGAUAUUAAAACUGAAAAUGAGUUGAUCAGAUUUUGGCCACUUUAUGAUGUCAUAACGAUUUUUGGCUUGUAACCAUUAGCCAAUCACCAACCAAGGUAACACCCGCCCACCUUAUCACCCGAAUCUCUUCCUAGAGCACCAUUGUGUUUUUUUUUUUAACCAAAUAUCUCGCAGAGAGGCGUGGGGAGUAGCUCCUUAUUUUCAUCUAAAGUAACAGACAGAGAAUCAGCACUUUUGAAACAGGGCUGAAACAGAGGGUUUUAUGGGAUGCUACAAUGAUCUGUUUGGUAUUUCAGACAAACACUUUAGAGACAUGUUUUGUAUAUAUCUGAGACGUAUAAUAUAUAGUUGAAAAACAGUAUAAUAGGGGACCUUUAAUGCAGCACUCUUAGUAAACCCUGCGCAUGUUUCGUCAAUUUAGUGAAUGUUUUUUGAAUGCUGCGCACAUGUCAUAUUGUAAAAGAUGUUUCUUCCUUUGCAUGUGUUUUGGCACAUUUGUGUUUUUAUAUUUGCAUCGUUUUUUUAAAGUGCAGUGUGUUUCUCCUUAUGCAAGUGUUUGGCGCGUUUGCACCUGUUGGCCACCGUAGGCUACUGCUCUUCUGGAAAAGAGCUGCGGAGCAUCAAGCAUAACAUUCAUUUGUUAGCAACCAGUGUUUGUAACUACAAGCAUUUUAAAGCAUGUAGCAUGCUAGGAGAACAUACUGUAUUUUGGUAACCCAAAAUUGAAAGUCCUCCAGUACAACAGCACCUUUAUAAGAAGGAGCCUUAUUAGAAACUGGUACCACCACAAUGAUAAACAAACAUUACGUUAACUUACUAGGACGUGGUGCUUACAGAGAAAUAUAGAUUUAAAGCUUGCCUAGCACUUCCUCUUAUGGCUUAACAUUCUUCAUAAACUUCAUAAUAUGGUGCUUUUUAAACAAUUCUCUGUUAAGAGGAUCAACUUUCUUAGAAUUUGUGCAUUUUAAUCUUCCUAAUAGGAGAGAUUUGAUAAUGGGGACAUUGUUAAAGUUCCUCUCAAAGACUAUGGUGCUGAUAUUGCUGUUGGUAUGAGUGUCAGUUGAAUUGAGGCUAAUGUGAAAGGCAGAAAAAUCAACAACACGGAACAAGGACUUGUGUGAGAAGUGAGGAACGAGGAGAUUGUAUAUCUUUGUAUAGGUGAUCUCUGGAAUGACCCAUUCGUCUCCUCACUUCUGUUUUUUAACAGUGUGGUAGCUUCUAACUUUGCAGGCAUUUCUCCGUUUUGUUGAAAGAGUAUUUAUGAUUUUCUUCCCGUUAUGUCCUGUUUGUACAUAUGCAUAUUAAAAGCCUUUCUCUAAUAAUGUU